GAGUGAGCUGGGAGGGAGAGAAAGGAAGAGGAAGGGAGCCGGCGGGUGCUGUGUGUGUGUCUGUGAGUGUGCGAGUGGAUGUGAGUGCGGGCCCCGUCUCUCCUGGUGGCCCCAGAAAAGGGGCCCGGUGGCCUGGGGAGGGCGGGCGGGCUGCUCGGAGGCAGAGGCAGCUAGAGGCGGCGGCGGGAGAGCCGAGGAGGAGGAGGAGGAGAGAGGAAAGAGCGGAGCAGCCAUUGUUGAGCGAAACCUUGCAAACAAAGAAGGCUCCGGACUCCCCGCGGCCCCCCGCCCCCCAGGCCGGCCCCCUGGCCCCCAGCCCCUGGCCCAGUGGCCAUUGUAACUUUCCCCCGGGGCUGUGACCGCCAAGGGGCGGGCGGAGGCUGUGCGUGCGAGGCUUUGUGCGGCCGGUGGAGUGGGGCUCCCAGCCAGGUCUGCCUGUCCCACUCGGGACAUGAGCGGCUGAAGUUGGGCCCUCCCCAGUCCUCGCCCCUGCUAGGACCUCUCUGAGCUGUCAGCGCUCCCGCACCUCUCCUGGCCCUUCAGUUCUCUCAGGUUGUUCCUCAAAGUCAUUCAAGCUGUACUCACCGAAGGAGCCCCCGAACGGCAACGCCUUCCCCCCCUUCCAUCCUGGCACCAUGCUGGAUCGGGAUGUGGGCCCAACUCCCAUGUACCCACCUACGUACCUGGAGCCUGGGAUUGGGAGGCAUACACCAUAUGGCAACCAAACUGACUACAGAAUAUUUGAGCUUAACAAACGGCUUCAGAACUGGACAGAGGAGUGUGACAAUCUCUGGUGGGAUGCUUUCACGACUGAAUUCUUUGAGGAUGACGCCAUGUUAACCAUCACUUUCUGCCUGGAGGAUGGACCAAAGAGAUAUACCAUUGGCCGGACCCUGAUCCCACGCUACUUCCGCAGCAUCUUUGAGGGGGGUGCUACGGAGUUGUACUAUGUACUUAAGCACCCCAAGGAGGCAUUCCACAGCAACUUUGUGUCCCUCGACUGUGACCAGGGCAGCAUGGUGACCCAGCAUGGCAAACCCAUGUUCACCCAGGUGUGUGUCGAGGGCCGGUUGUACCUGGAGUUCAUGUUUGACGACAUGAUGCGGAUAAAGACGUGGCACUUCAGCAUCCGGCAGCACCGAGAGCUCAUCCCACGCAGCAUCCUUGCCAUGCAUGCCCAGGACCCCCAGAUGCUGGAUCAGCUCUCCAAAAACAUCACCCGUUGUGGGCUGUCCAAUUCCACUCUCAACUACCUCCGACUCUGUGUGAUACUUGAGCCCAUGCAGGAGCUCAUGUCCCGCCACAAGACCUACAGCCUCAGCCCCCGUGACUGCCUCAAGACCUGCCUUUUCCAGAAAUGGCAGCGCAUGGUAGCACCCCCAGCGGAACCCGCACGGCAGCAGCCCAGCAAACGGCGGAAACGGAAGAUGUCGGGGGGUAGCACCAUGAGCUCGGGGGGUGGCAACACCAACAACAGCAACAGCAAGAAGAAGAGUCCAGCCAGCACCUUCGCCCUCUCCAGCCAGGUACCUGAUGUGAUGGUGGUGGGGGAGCCCACCCUGAUGGGCGGGGAGUUCGGGGACGAGGACGAGAGGCUCAUCACUCGGCUGGAGAACACCCAGUUUGACGCGGCCAACGGCAUUGACGACGAGGACAGCUUUAACAACUCCCCUGCACUGGGCGCCAACAGCCCCUGGAACAGCAAGCCUCCGUCCAGCCAAGAAAGCAAAUCGGAGAACCCUACAUCACAGGCCUCCCAGUAAAGGGCUGGCCAUGACUACCCAGCACUCUGCCUGCCUGCCCCAUCCCUCGCAGCCCCAGGGAGCAGAAGACAAAAUGAAGAAACUUAGCAUCGAAAAUGGGCAGCCUCAUCCACCCACUUCAGGGAGGAACUGGACUCACUAGGGGCAGGUGCCAAGAGGCCCUGGGCUGGGCCUGACCUCUGCAGAGCCUUUUGGGGGAAGGGGGAACUCAUGCAUAUGCCCAUGGGGCUCCUGGGCCUCUUAAGAAAAGAAAUGUCCCGACCACCCCCCAGGGCAUUUCCCUCCAUUUUCAUCUUCUUGACUCCGCCUCCUUCAAGCCUGGGGUUGUCUACACCCACAGCCCUUAGGGACUUAAAGUUACAGGGCUUGGUUGAAUGCCUCCAAUCCUUCUACCAAGGUGGCUGGUAGAGAGAGGGGUAAAGCUCUGGGCUAUUCCUCCCUUCUGCUACCUAUCCUAGCUCCAAGUUUUUAAAAAAAUAAUAUUAUUAAAAAUGUAAGUU